AUGGCCUUUGGAUAUAAAAUCUCAGUUGACCCUAUCGGAGAGUCAGUUGAUCACAAAACAUACCGAGGAAUGAUUGGAUCGUUGAUGUACCUCACUGCCAUCCGACCGGAUAUUGUAUUUGCAACGGGUUUAUGCGCUCAGUACCAAGCUGGCCCUAAAGUAUCUCACUUGACCGCAGUCAAGCAAAUCCUCAGAUAUCUAAAGGGAAGUAAAGCAAUGGGCCUCUGGUACCCUACGGGUAAUGACUUCAGUCUACAAGCAUUCAUAGAUGCAGAUCAUGCUGGAUGUAGACUUGAUCGUAAGAGUACUUCAGGUGGAUGUCAGUUCUUAGGAGGAAGAUUAGUUAGCUAG